CUCAGCCGCCUCCGGCGCGCCGGACCCCGCCAGCCCUCCCCGCACAGCUAUCGCUUCUCUUUACAGCCGAUUCCUGCGCCUGAGGGCCGAGGACCCGGGCAGCAGAGGCCCCGGCACGACCGAGGCGAUGGCGUCUUCGACCCCUUCGUCAUCGGCUACCUCCUCGAACGCUGGAGCGGACCCCAAUGCUGCCAACCUGCGUCCCACAACGUAUGACACCUGGUGUGGCGUGGCCCAUGGAUGCACCAAAAAACUGGGGCUCAAGAUUUGCGGCUUCUUGCAAAGGACCAACAGCCUGGAGGAAAAGAGCCGGCUGGUGAGCGCCUUCAAGGACAGGCAGGCCUCCAAGAACCUGAUUUCCUGCGAGAACAGCGACAGGGAUGGCCACUUCAGGCGCACGGAGACUGAUUUCUCCAACCUGUUUGCUCGAGAUCUGCUUCCAGCUAAGAACGGGGAGGAGCAAACUGUGCAAUUCCUACUGGAGGUGGUGGACAUACUCCUCAACUAUGUCCGCAAGACGUUUGAUCGCUCCACCAAAGUGCUGGACUUCCAUCACCCACACCAGCUGCUGGAAGGCAUGGAGGGCUUCAACUUGGAGCUCUCUGACCAACCUGAGUCCCUGGAGCAGAUUCUGGUUGACUGCAGAGACACCCUGAAGUACGGGGUCCGCACAGGUCAUCCUCGAUUUUUCAAUCAGCUCUCCACUGGACUGGAUAUCAUUGGAUUAGCUGGUGAAUGGCUGACAUCAACUGCCAAUACCAACAUGUUUACUUAUGAAAUUGCUCCAGUGUUUGUCCUCAUGGAGCAAAUAACACUUAAGAAGAUGAGAGAGAUAGUUGGAUGGUCAAAUAAAGAUGGUGAUGGGAUAUUUUCUCCUGGGGGAGCCAUAUCCAACAUGUACAGCAUCAUGGCAGCGCGCUACAAGUACUUCCCAGAAGUUAAGACAAAGGGCAUGGCGGCCGUGCCCAACCUGGUCCUCUUCACCUCAGAACAUAGUCACUACUCCAUAAAAAAGGCUGGGGCUGCGCUUGGCUUUGGAACCGACAAUGUGAUUUUGAUAAAGUGCAAUGAAAGGGGGAAGAUAAUUCCUGCUGAUUUAGAGGCAAAAAUUCUUGAAGCCAAGCAAAAGGGAUAUGUCCCUCUUUAUGUCAAUGCAACUGCUGGCACGACUGUUUAUGGAGCCUUCGAUCCGAUACAGGAGAUUGCAGAUAUAUGUGAGAAAUAUAACCUUUGGCUGCAUGUCGAUGCUGCCUGGGGCGGUGGGCUGCUCAUGUCCAGGAAGCACCGUCAUAAACUCAGUGGCAUAGAAAGGGCCAGCUCGGUGACCUGGAACCCUCACAAGAUGAUGGGCGUGCUGCUGCAGUGCUCCGCCAUCCUCGUCAAGGAGAAGGGGAUACUCCAUGGAUGCAACCAGAUGUGUGCAGGCUACCUCUUCCAGCCAGACAAGCAAUAUGAUGUCUCCUAUGACACUGGGGACAAGGCAAUUCAGUGUGGCCGUCACGUGGACAUUUUCAAGUUCUGGCUGAUGUGGAAAGCAAAGGGAACAGUGGGAUUUGAAAAUCAGAUCAACAAAUGCUUGGAACUCGCUGAAUACCUCUAUGCCAAAAUUAAAAACAGAGAAGAAUUUGAGAUGGUUUUCAAUGGUGAGCCUGAGCACACAAAUGUCUGUUUCUGGUACAUCCCACAAAGCCUCCGGAGCAUGCCGGACAGCCCUGAGCGACGGGAAAGGCUCCACAAGGUGGCUCCCAAAAUCAAAGCCCUGAUGAUGGAGUCUGGCACGACCAUGGUUGGCUACCAGCCUCAGGGGGACAAGGCCAACUUCUUCCGGAUGGUCAUCUCGAACCCGGCCGCCACCCAGUCUGACAUCGACUUCCUCAUUGAGGAGAUAGAAAGACUGGGCCAGGAUCUGUAGCCACCCGUA